AUGUCAGAAAUCUUCAAGUUUAGAGCAGGCAUUGCCGAUUUUGAUGAAAACUCUAAGGUUUGUUCACCUAAUCCAAUUAAGGGAGAGAUCGUUGUAAAGCACUCCGAAGAGGCGGAGGGAUUUUACGAUUUUGAGUGGAAACCAACUGAGAAAGUCGCAUCUGGGAACAUUCAAACGAUAGAGUUGAUUUUGAUCCCGGACACGACAAAAUGGGUUCACAUAAAAUCUUCGAAAAACGGGAGAAUUUUCUGCUUGGUAUUUUCGUCUGAGGAAAAGUACUUCUUCUGGAUGCAGGACAAACAUCAGGGUUCCGAGCAGCUCAAUGAGUUAUCUGAGGCCGACAAAUCGAUUGUCAGGAAGUUUGAUGAACUGCUAGUCUCGGAGGAAGAGGAUGUCAAUGCAGAGAGUGGAAAUCAGGACGAAGACCGAGACGUUGAGAUGGAUGUCGAACAGCCGUCUAACCAACCAAUCGCUCACAUCAAUGAUUUCUUAACGAAGCAACUGAUCAUUGAUCAUGUACAAAACAUGGAUUCUGACUCACCAAAGCUUUUGCGACUACUAGAGCACCUCCCCGCGGAUCAACCGCGCGAUAAGACUACUCUAAUCAAUUGUUUACGCGGCCCUUACUUUUAUCAAGCAAGUGACACGCUUUCCAGAACUCUUCUAGAAGGUCUUGAAGCAUCGCUUACUAUUUCUCGAGGAUUUGGGUACCAAUUCUCUGGCGACGAUGGUGUGCUGAGCUUUAUUAAGGGCGCUAGAACCAAGGGGAAGGAAGAUGAUGAAAUUGAUCAACAGCGUCAAGGGGGCAAUAGUAAAUAG